UCAGCAUCCUGAUUCCCAAACACUCAAUGGGGCCAGACCCUCAGCUGGGGCCGAAGGCUGCAAGCCAAUCACCGCCAGCUGAAGAGCUGGGUCAGCAUUUCCCUCUAAAUUAGGGCAGGCACUAGGACCCUGCAUGGACGAUGAAAGAGCCAAAGGCUGCUCCGGAGGGAGGCUGGUGUGGAUUUCUCUUAAAAGUUUUCUCUCCACCCAGUGUGAUUGCAUCAUGUGACUGCUCUAAGCGCAAAGUUCCCUGCUGGAAACUGAAGAGAGCUUGCUGGCUUUGAGGAUUUUCAAACCAUGGGCCCCACUUCUCUGGUAGAUUUCAUCCUCCAGCCCCCAGUCUUCCACCCGGUGCUCCCGUAUAUGACGACGAUCUUCGGUGGCUUGACCCAUGGGAAGAUGGUUCUGAUGCAGGGCAUGGUCUUUGUGGAGGCGGAAAGGUUCCAGGUGGAUUUCCAGUGUGGCUGCAGUCUGAUGCCCCGGUCGGACAUUGCCAUCCACUUCAACCCCCGCUUCCGCUCCCGGCCCCACGUCAUCUGUAACACCCUGCAGAACGGGCACUGGCUGGAGGAGACCAAGUUCCCCCAGCUGCCCCUCAGGAGGGGAGAGGCCUUCCAGCUGCUCUUCCUCUUUGGGCAGGAGGAGGUGCAGGUGAGCGUGAAUGGGCAGCACGUCCUCCAGUAUCGAUACCGCCUGCCCCUGGCCCGAGUGGACACUUUGAGUGUGUUUGGUGACAUCACAGUGAAGAGCAUCGCCUUCCUGCCCAGCAAUGUAACCCCCUCCAUGGGGCAGACCGAUUGGGGGGGCACACACCUGUUGGGGAGAAGGAGCCCCUGGGAUAGGGGGAAUGAGGAUGCCCACAGAAAUAUGGAGAAAGUUGGGGAUGCCCAGAGCCUUGGCAUAAGAAAGGGGGUGGGACUAAUGUACGCGCUUUCUCUCUCUCGCUCUUUCCUGCCUGGACAGUCCUUUGAUGCCAGCCGAACUGAAUACCCUGUUGCCCAUCCAAUGCAGCUAAACAGCUCAAAGCUGGCUGUGCCGUACUCCCACCCGCUCCCGCAUGGCCUUGCCGCCAGAGACACCAUUACAGUCAGAGCACUGGUGUGCCCAGAGCCUGAGGGGUUCACCCUCAGCCUGAGGGAAGACCCAUCCCACAUCCUCUUACGACUCAGCACCUGCUUCAGAUCCAGAGCCCUGGUGUGGAGCUCCUACCCGGAUGAGGCCGCAGGCCAUUCAGGGAAAGUGACGACCUACUUCCCCUUCCAUCCCCAGCGCUUCUUUGAGCUGCUGCUUGUCUGUGCGGAGGGGAGCUUCAAACUGGCACUCAACGGGAUCCCUCUAGGCCAGUAUGACGUGCCUUGGCUCGCCUGGGACCUGGUCACAGAGCUGCGAAUAGAGGGGGACAUCACACUCUACAGUGUCCUCUCCUGACCCCUUCACUGCCAAGAAGCUUGUGGCCUCUGCCCGGACGCCGUGGACUGGACUGGGCCCAGGAUGUUUGAAGGAACUACAGUGCUGCAUGUGGGGGUGGGCCUGCCCCAGAGAGAGAGACCUGUUCCUGCUGGCUGAUUCGCUGCUCCCCUGAAUCCCCAUGACCUGGGCUGCCUAGAAGAGAUCGCAGGAAAUGCCAGGAGCAGGCCUUUCUUGGCAGAAGCAGGUGUUCGUGGGGUAGGGCUAGAGGCAUCCUCCAGUGCCCUCCUGGAUGCCACAAAGUGCUGACAGGCCUCUUCUUUGCAUGGAGUGACAGGUCCCAGCACUGGGCGCACACUGAGUGGUCCCAGUGGGAUGAUCUGGUUCUUGCCAGCUGCUAUGGGGCUUGCUCUGAAGGGCUUGGUUACGUCCCUAGGCACCUGAUCGCCCGUGGCAUGUACGUUUGCUCGCCAAGUUCAGUUUGGAUAUUUUAAUGUAAUAAAAUCCCUUUUUCUGCA